GCGGCCUAGCUCCCCUGCGGCUUUCCGCCUGAGCAGAGGGGGAGAAGGAAGAAACUGUGAAACCUUUUGGAAUAUCAGAUGAAAGUAAAGUUGGAUUCAGUGCAUGCUGUGAGGAGCCUCAGGAGCUGGCAGCACAGACCUGGAGGAACAUCCCCUGCAAACCUUCACACCCAGAAAAUGACAAAAAAAAAAAGCAAAUCCAUCUCAGAUCCCCACCAUCACUUUGCUUCAUGAGGCAAAGAGAAGUAAAAUGGAUGCAGAGAGACAAAUCCAAACCUUUGUGAGGAUCAAACCCACGUCUCAGUUUGCUCAAGAGCUGAUCAAGUUUGGGCCAGACAAGAAGAGCAUAGAUAUAUGCCUGAAAAAAGAUGCCAGGAGAGGAGUGGUGAACAACCAACGCACUGAUUGGUCCUUCCAGGUGGAUGGAGUCCUGCACCACAGCACCCAGGAGCUGACCUACCAGACUGUGGCUGAGAGAUUAGUGUCUGAAGCUUUAUCUGGCUACAGUGGGAUCAUCAUGUGCUAUGGGCAGACAGGGGCUGGGAAAACCCACACCAUGACAGGAGCAACCACGGAGUAUGAGCACAGAGGGAUCAUACCCCGAGCUCUGCAGCAGGUCUUCAAAGCCAACACCCAAUCCUUGGAGCCCUUCCUAAGCAUCCGAGUGUCCUACCUGGAGAUCUACAACGAGACCUUGUCUGACCUCCUGUGCUCCCCCAGCAGCCAUGGCAGCUCUGAGACACAGCUGGCUGUGGUGGAUUGCCCCCAGGGUGUUUAUGUCAGGGGGCUGUCUGUCCACUCAGUCAGCCACGAGGAAGAUGCUCUCAGUCUCUUCUUUGAGGGUGAGAGCAACAGAGUGAUGGGAGAGCACAUCCUGAACAAGAACUCCUCCAGAUCCCACUGCAUCUUUACCAUUUACCUUGAGUCUCAUUUCAGAGGUUUCUCAGAUGUUGGGUGCAUUCAUUCUAAAAUCAACUUAAUAGACCUGGCAGGCUCAGAGAGACUGAGCAAGACUGGGUCUGAAGGGCAGGUUCUGAAGGAAGCCUCCUACAUCAACAAAUCUCUGUCCUUCCUGGAGCAAAUCAUCAUUGCCUUGGCUGAUCCCAAGAGGGAUCACAUCCCCUUCAGGCAGAGCAAGCUCACCCACAUCCUCAAGGACUCUCUAGGGGGAAACUGCAAUACUGUCCUAGUGGCAAAUGUCUGUGGGGAAGCUGAGCACAUGGAAGAGACUUUGUCUUCUCUGCGUUUUGCUGCCAGAAUGAAACAGAUCUCCACUGAGCCACUCAUCAGGGAGAGACAUGACCAUGAGGAGACCCUGAAGGAGAUUCUGCUGCAGCAGGAGCUGGCCAUGCAGGGCAGCUUGACAAACCGUUCCCUGGUGACUUACGACCCUCUGAGUGACACCCAAAUUGCAGAGAUUAAGUCUCAAAUCCACAGAUACAUUCAAGGAGAAAUUGAUGAAAUUGAUAUUGUGAACAUCAAGCAAGUCCAGGAGGUGUUCAGGCAGUUCAAGCUGAUUGUAAAACAGCAGGAGCAUGACUUGGAGGCCAGGUUACGGAACCAGUACGUUCUGAUUGACAUCAGUGACUUUGCUUCUCUUGCUGCUCUCCAGCAGGCUGGUGUGGUUGAUGUGGAUGGUCAUUUGUUGGAAGAAGAGGAUGGAUGGGAUUUUGGGGCUAGAACUUCUUUUUCAUCCACCAAACAUGCUGAGAGGAGGAAAUCCAGGAAAACCAACGAGCCCAGGAAGGAAGGAAUGGAAACCUCUUCUUUUGGCAGAGACAUAACUGGUCCUGCACCAUCAGAAACUCAGGGAAUCAUUUCCCCCAAGGAUCUGGCUGGGAAAGAGGGAGCAAGGAAGGACCCAGCCAAUGCUGAGGCAGAGCUCUCCAGGUCAGCUCCUGGGGAGGAUUCCCAGCAGCCCAGUUCCCCUCCACCCAAGCCCAGGGCAUUUGAGCAGUUUAAGGAGGAGUCUGGCAGGGAGCUGAACCAGAUCUUUAAGGAGAACAAGAGCAUCCUCCGUGCCAGGAAGAAGAGGAGCAGUGCAGUAGAGCAGAAAAUCAACCUCAUCAAGAAGGAGCUGAAGGACACCAAGGAGGCUUUGGAAGCUCUGCAGCAGGAGAGGAUGGAGCAUGGACUCUAUGUUGAUGAGAGAGGUCAGAUCAUCACUGAUCAGGAGGAAUUCUUCCUCACUGAGAAGCUGAAGGAGCUGCAGGAGGAGCAGAGGGAUGGGUGUGCUGAGCUGCAGGACCUGCAGGCAGAGAUCCAAGAGCAGCAGCAGUUGGUGGAUCAGUGCAGGAGAACUCUCAUCUCAGAGUUUGAGGUGUGGUACAGUGAGUCCUUCCUUAUCCCCCAGGAUGUGCAGGAAGCUCUGAAGCCCAGUGGCAGCAUCAGGCCUGGAAUGAUUCCCAUCAACAGAGUCCUGUGCCUGGAGGAAGAUGAUCAGGAGAGGUACAGGAGGAUGCAGGAGACAGCACUGCCCCACAGCCCAGCUUCUGUCCCCUUCUACAGGGCAAAAAUGAAGAUUGACCAAAAGCACUCAUACAUCAGAACCAUGCUGUCCCUCCAGCAGAUGCACAAGAAACAUGGGAAGAAGCAGCCCCUCUCCUUCCUGCAGGUUGGGUAGCAGAUCCAAGGCACUUGCUCCAUGCUGUCACCUCAGGAGGUGCCUCCUGUUCAUGUCUGGAACAGAAUAAUCAAAAAUAAACAGUAGGGAAAAACCAAACCACCCAACUUUAGUGCUGCUGAAGUCACAGACAGCUUUGUGUUGGAAGGAACCUUAAUGCUGACCCAGUGCCCCCCCUGCC